AAUAAGAAUUUCACUUGCAUCUAAACAUACUUGACUGUAUAAAAAAUAUAAUCAUUAGCAAAGUAGCAAAAUUUAUCAGAUCAGUGUGUAUAUUCUAUAAAAGAUGUUUUAUGAACACUAUCUUAAAAAGUUGUAAAGAAUAAAUACACAUUUCCUAGUAGCAAAAAACACUAUGAAGCUAUAGUACAGUUGAUCCAUAAGAUCUGCUCUAUAAGAAGGAAUGCCCUAUUAAAUUUGUUUAAAGCUAACUCUACUAGAGGCAGGAAUAUUUCAGUUAGAAGAUUGUCUGUGGAAAUAUCUGAACAUGGGAAGGCUUGUACUUGGGAAGACUAAAUUUGAAAAAGUUUGCACCUGGGGAUAGGUUGGAAGACUUGGACUAUGGAACAUGUUAGAAUACCUGGAUAUUGUAGACACUGGAAGACCUGAAUGUUAGAAGACCGGUACACUGGAGACGUUGGAAGACGUGGAUAUUGAGCCACUGUUGGAAGACUGUAUAGCUGUUGGAAGACAUGGAGAUUCUGGAAGACGUGGAGAUGCUGGAAGAUGUGGAGAUGCUGGAAGACGAGGAGUUGCUGGAAGACAUGGAGAUGCUGGAAGACGUAGACGUGCUGGAAGACGAGCAGAUGCUGGAAGCCCUGGAGAUGCUGGAAGCCCUGGAGAUGUAGGAAGACAUGGAUUUUCUGGAAGACGUGUCUUAAUUGGAAGACGUAGAUUUGCUGGAAGACAUAACUUUGUUGGAAGACGUGGAUCUUCUGGAAGACAUGACUUUGUUGGAAGACAUGGAUUUUUCUGGAAGACAUAGGUCUGUUGGAAGACAUGGGAAGACGGGAAGACAUGAAUUUGAUGGAAGACACAGCUUUCAUGGAAGACAAGGAUUUUCUGGAAGCCAUGGAUUUGAUGGAAGACUUGGGUUUUCUGGAAGACUUGGAUGGGCUGGAAGACCUGGAGAUCUUGGAAGACAUGGAUUUUCAGGAAGACCCGAACUUUCCGGAAGACCUGGAUUGUUUGGAAGACAUAGAUUUGCUGGAAGACAUGGAGUUCCUGGAAGACGUGGAUUUUCAGGAAGACGUGGAUCUCAAGGAAGACAUAUAUUUGCUGGAAGACCUGGAUUUAGUGGAAGACAUGAAUUUUCUGGAAGACGUGGCUUUACUGGAAGACCUGAAUUUAGUGGAAGACAUAGACUAGUUGGAAGACCUGGAUUUUCUGGAAGAUGUGGAUUGACUGGAAGAUCUAGAUUUGGUGGAAGACGUAGAUUUUUCUGAAGACUUGGACUGAGUGGAAGACCUGGAUUUCCUUCUGGAAGACACUGAUUGAUUGGAAGACCUGGAUUUUCCAGAAGACAUAAAUAAGUUGGAAGAUCUGGAUUGACUGGAAGACUUGGAUUUGGUGGAAGACAUAGAUUUUUCCAGAAGACGUGGAUUGGCUGGAAGACCUUGAAGUUGUUGGAAGACGCGGACUGUCUGGAAGACCUUGAAACCACUGGAAGACUUGGAUUUUUCUGGAAGACAUGGAUUUUCCUGGAAGAUACAGAUUUUGUGGAAGACCUAUAAUUGCUGGAAGACUAGAUUUACUGGAAGACAUGGAUCAUCUGGAAGACGUGGAUAUUCUGGAAGACUGGGAUUAGCUGGAAGACCUUGAUGCUGUUGGAAGACGUGGAGUUUCUGGAAGACCUGGAGUUGUUGGAAGAGCUUGACACUGGCGCCAUUGGAAACCCUGGACAUUGGAGACAUUGGAAGCACAGGAUGUUGGAGACAUUGGAAGCCUUUGAUUUUGAGGACAUUGAUUAUUAUGGACACUGAAGGCUUUGGAGGACCUAAAUGUUAGAGUUGAUGGGUAUUGGAAGCUGUGGAGACUGGAAGCCCUGAAUAUUACAGACAUUGUCAGUCCUGGUGUACCUUGGAAGCCCUAAAUGUUGGGAGAGGUGAACAAUAGAAGAUCUAGACAUUUAGAAAUCCUAAAAUUGGAAGCCCUGGAUAUUGAGAGAUAUUGGAAAACCUGGACAUUGACACAUUCAUGUUACAAGAUGUAGAACUUGGAAGAUGUAAUUUUUUCAUGGUGCUGGAAGUCAAGGGUUCUGGCAGCUCUGUACAUUAGAGGACCAAAACAUUAAGAGUUCAAGAUGUUAAGAGACCUAGUCAUUCAGACAAUAGAGAUCUUGGAAUACCUAAAUGUUGGAAGACCAGAUUCUUAGAGAUAGUGAAAGAUUUAGGCAGUGGAGGAACUAGUGACUACAAUACACUGUAAACUCAGAAUUAGAAGACACUAAAAGUUAUAGGAACCGAAUGAUGCAAGUGCUAGAAGAUAUUGGAAGAGCCAGACUUCAACACAGUGAAAUACAUGGACUCUAGAUUACCUGUAUAUAGGAGACAUUGGAGGGUUGAGAACAUAGAAAAACUGGACAUUAGAACUCUGGCCUUAAAAGACAAAACCUAGAACUUGAAGAUUGAUUGUUGGAGAUAUUAGAAGACCUAGACUUUUAAUGGCCCUGAUAUUAAGGAGAUUAGAAAAAAUUACCAUUGGAAAUUCUGUAAGCCAGAGAAUGAAAGACAUGGAUGUUGAAAAAUUUAGAAGAUCUAGCAACUGAAGAUGUUGGAAGCUACAGAGCUCAGAAGACUUGAUGUUAGAGACACUGAAGAAUUGAAAGACUUAACCUUAGAGAUAUUAGGUCAUGAUGAAAGAUAUUGGCACUGUUGGACAACUUUCAUAUUAUAACUUGAUAUUACAUUAAAAGACAUAUCAUAAGGUUACUCUAAUAGUCUUUAUGACUAUGACAUCUCUUUUGUUAAAAAUCAAAAUACAGGGAAAGGGCAUCUUAGGAAGAUGACAAAAAAGGAGCAGGUAAAUUCAAGUAAAAGCAAGUAGUUUGAAUGGUUUGGAACCUAUCUUCAUAGUCUCAAUGAACUGGCUUUCUGGGUCUGUAUUGGUUGACAGAACAGGAACAAAGAAUUAUCAAAAAAUAAGCAGUAUCAGGGCUUGUAGAACUACUCAUCUUUAGAUCAGUGGUCAGCAAAUGUUUUCUGUAAAGGAUCAGAUAGUAAAUAUUUAAGGUUUUGCAGUCCAUAGAGUUUCUGUUAGAAUUACUUAACUCUGCUAUUGCAGUACAGCCAUAGAUAAUAUGUAAAUGAGUGGGCAUGGCUGUGUUGCAAUAAAACUCUAUUAAAAAAAAACAGUUGGGCCAUAUUUGAUCAAAGGGCCUUCAUUUGCUAGGCCCAGCUCUAGAUGCCAAAUAUAGAGUAUGGUAAACUUAAGUAUGUUCCAGGCUACCAUUCACAUCUAGAGAAUAGAUUGUGCAAGUUGAAGCCUGAAUGGUAAAGAUACUAUCUAUGUAAUGACAUCCAGGAAAUGAGGCUGAUAAGAACCUAAGAAUGGAGUUUAGAUCUCCACUUAAUUAAUUCAGGGGCCCAAACAGGGAGAUUUAUAUUCAGAGUUAAAAUUAAGUGGGUAGCAUUCAGCACCCCAAACAAGGAGGCUAGGGUUCAGUAAUGAUUCCCUAAUUUAGUAGGCUGGAAGCUUUAAAAGAAAAUUAAAGAAACUCACCACUAAAAACUGGGGUUAUCCUGCCAGAACUAAGCACCACUCACCCAAAGAGAGGGAGUCCUCAACCCAGGACAGACAAGAAGCCAGUGGCACAGUCCUCACUCUAAGUCCAAUGCCUUUCCCAUUAUGGCACUCACCCUACCACUUCCUAUUAAUCAAGAGCCAACUCUAGGUAUCUGCAGUGUUGGAGAACAAGAAGGAGACUACAGCUUGGUAGGUUCAUCUUUGGCUUCAGGUAAUAAGUCUGCUUGCUGAUCUUACCCAUUGGACCUUAUGUGACAAGCUUAAGAGAUCAGGGUUGAGCUGUAGGCUGAAAAUCCUUAAUACUUAGGGCUGAGGAAGACAGGGACUAUCACAUAUAUUGCAUGAAAGAGAACACAGGCAGACAAAAUUGGUUAAGGUACACUGGGAGUGGACCAUUAUUAAAAGUUAAGUAGUAGAAUAUAUAGACAAUGGGCAGCCACUAAAGAUUUAUGAAUAGGGAAGUACCCAGAAUCAGAAUUGUGCACAAGGAAAAUUAGUCAAGCAGCAAGGAGCUGAAUACCAAAGACUACUAAAUGCAUUGGCAAUGUUGGAAGACUUUCAUAUUAGAACCUGAUACUACAUUAAAAGACAUAUAUCAUACUAGAACACCAAAGACUCCAAGUGAAAACACUUAAAGAGUUGGGAUGUGAAUUAUGAGGCUGCUACAACCAACCAGGUUAAAUGGUGGUGGGCUUGAAUUAAGGCAAUGAUAGUUCUGUAGCUCAGCAGACACAGCAUUAGAAUUAUGAUGAAUACUCGGCUUUCUGAAUACCACCAUUUAAAGCUUCUUGAAUGCCGUCACAAAAAAGAUGAAAUACAAAGAAGUUCAGCAGCUAGUUUUGAGGAAUUGUCCCCACCCACUAAGAUUACUUCGACAUCUACUUUCUCUCAAAAGCAGGUGAGCUAGUAACUUGGUAGUUUAAGCAAAGUAGGUUCUACAUAGCUUUAUCUUUAGUUCCUAUUAACACAGAGUGAUCUAAGUAUCUUAAAAGUGGAACCAAAGGGAUGGAUUAUUUUCUAGAGGAUAAGAAUACAUCCAUGUGGGGAAAAAAGUCAUUACCUCUAAUCACCAUAUAAGUAAAUAUCAUGCAGUUAUAACCACAUUAUAAAUAUAGCAUAUAGAAUCACUACAGGUCAAGGAGUAACAGGGACAAAGGAAAUACUGUUUCAGACAACUCUUAUGAACUAACAAAGAAAAAUAUUAAAAAUAAAUUUUUAUUCCUUCUCAAAACCAUCAUGCAUACCUCUUCCAAGGGAAAUUAGAUAAAAUAUCAAAAUAUUAAAAUUUUGCAAAGAC